AUGGCACGCUCGAUAAGUCCUGGAGGUUACUCGAACUACGACGACGACUCAAUGUUUCAGAACGCCGCCUUUACGCACGACAUCAGUGAACAGAUGCGGGUGCCGAAAAGGAUCCGUGCCACCGGAGAUUACUACGACGAUCAGAAUCUGCUGCCGAACGGGAACGGCGAGAUUAACUCGUGGAACUAUCACAACAAGAUCGAUAUGACCGUUCCGGAUCGUAUCGUAGUGCUAGGGCAGGAUCAACAUUUGGUUCUUACAUCAGGCACCAAAUCAGCCCCGCGUGAAAUAAUGCUGGAGAAUUCCAUUCUACCCAAGGAUCCGGGAUUCGUGCGCGUUUCCACGCCGCCACGCGUCAUCACCCUUUCCGAGCAUCAUUUUCCCUCGGCUUCGGAUGAACCGGAAGAGAACGCCAAAGACAACAACCAGGAGGAUAACUAUGGACCAGCGUCGUUGGAAUCGAUUGAGGAUCCGAAUAGCAGUAAUGCCUACUUUUCCAGACCAUCUGUAUCGCACAACAACCGUGAUCCGGUUAAACGGUCCGCGUUUUCGAAAUACAACAAUGAGCUGACAUUAACCAGGAGCAUGCGCGAAGAAACACCAACAUUCGGUGGUAGUGUCGAGAAUUUGACACCUUCCGAAGAACUAACGCACCUAAGACGCCAGGUGGCAAAGAUAAAUCGACGUCUGUUAACAGUAGAGAUUGACUCCGCACAAAGGCAACAGAGAGAAAAAAUUAUAUACUGCGUAGGUAUGGCUUACUUCUUGUUCAAGACGUUUAUGUGGCUGAGCAGGAAGUAA